CCCCAGGUGGCCUUGACCGUAACCUUUUGCCUUCCGAUCGGCGACGUUCUUAUUGGUACGAUAAUUGAUACUAUUUGGAAGAAUUGAAGCCUCCUUACAAGAUGCCGACGUUUAACAUUUUUGUGACAACCCCGAAAAGUCAAAUACCAAAGGAUUUUAUAUUGGAAGCAUCAAAGUUCAUUGCGCAACAACUUGGCAAACCGGAGAGCUAUGUGACAGUGAGGGUGGUUCCAGAUCAAAUGAUGAGCCAUGGUGGAACAACUGACCCAUGUGGAAGUGUACAGGUGUACAGCAUUGGAGCUCUGGGUAAAAAGAACAAAGAGCAUUCAGCUGCCAUAGGAAACUUCCUAGAGUCGAAACUGAAUAUCCCACAAGACAGGUUUUACAUAACCUACAUGGACAUUGCAGGGAAUGACUGUGGAUAUGAAGGAGAUACCUUUGGUUAACAACACUCCAGUAGGCUUGAACUGUAUGGCUUGUGCCAUAUGACAUUCCUUGAUGAACGACAGUUGAGCAGUCGUAGUUAAAAUUGCUUACAAACUUUUGCAUCAAGUGCUGUAUUUGUCUGUUUUAGUUGUUUGAUAGUUGGCCGUUUGACACCAACAUUUAAAGGGACUUGUUCACAGAUUUCAGACAACUUAAAAUGACCAAUAUUACUGUCUAUGUUACGCAAGCAUUUAAGUGAAUAGGAUAAGUAAAUUCGAAAACUACUAUUUUAAAAUGUCCAGAAAAUACAUGCAAAUGCCAAAUCAUUAUGGGAAACCAUUUCCCACAAGUGGGAUAUAGGAAAAUUGUCAUUAUAAUUUGGCAGAAAAACUACACACUUUCCACAGUCUUCAUGCUGUUUUUUUUCUUGCAAACUUUGCUGUUCAACAGAGAGAUAAAUGUUCUUAAACAUUUGGGCUUUUGUAAGUUUUGUUGGAGAUGCCAGACUUUCAAUGGUUUUCGCAGUGUUUGAGAUUUGAUUUGUUUUGUGGUGGGUCAUUCAUUGGUUAAACUGGACAGCUUUAAGUAAAGAAAUUUAAAAGUUAAAAUAUAAUGAGAAAAAAGUUACUGAUCUGGGGUCGUAUUCCAGAAGCAUCUUAAGUUCAAUUUUAUUCUUAUCCUUAAAUUGAUUUAUUUUCCUAAGUGUUUCAUUUCAUAUUGCAAUAGAUUGGCAUCAAGAUAUACAUGUAAAUAACAGCAUUAUGCCAAUGUUAUUUUAGGAAUACCAAAAGAAAUACAAAAUAUUGUAAUUUUGAACUUAAAUGAAAUUAUUUAAGAAAUGACUUAAGAUGUUUCUGGAAUACCACCCCUGAACUCUGGUACCAGAGAUCUAAUGGCUAAUUUAACAACUACUUGGCUUUUCUGGCAGUUUCUUAGCAACAGCUUAUUAUACUAAAAAAAAUCUAUCAGUGUUAUGAUCAGUAAUCACUUUGGAAUAUUCUCAAUUUUAGCUGAAUAUAAAUGAAAAAACAAAUCAAAUUAGAUUGUUUUAAGAUUAAUGGUUUGACUUUGCUGUUUUGAACAAUUAGUCAAUCUGUGAACAUGUCUCUUAAAUGUGUAGGGCUAGUUCUAAAUCAUUUAAGCUAUUUACUAUGGCUACAAGCUACCUUAAGCUUUAUUGUUUUAUAUCAUUGUUUUGCAAUAUCUUAAAUGUUGUCUGAAGGUAAAUAUAGUUUAGUGUUUGAAGAUGUGGAGCUCAGUUGCUAAAAUACUUUGCAUAAUGUUAUAAUACUACAUAAAGUAUGAGCUGCUAAUAAAUAACAAAAGCUUCA